UCCUGCUACCACACGAUAGCUUUCUCUGCGUUUCCUAACCCUAUUUAUUGCCUUUUGACGUUUCCUCGUGUUUGAAAUCAGGUUUAUCACUUUUGGGCUACAGCAACAAUUAAACAUAAAAAAUUUUUGUUAGCAAAAAUGGCUGAAGCAAUGCGUCAAACCGUGGCUGGUAUGCUCAAAGGCAUCGAAAGGUACAAUCCGGAUAACCUCACAACUCUGGAGAAGUACGUGGAGAUCCAAUCGAGGGAGAAUGUAUAUGACUUAGAGGCAAAUUUAGCUGUCUUAAAGCUCUACCAAUUGAACCCGCAUCGGUUUAACAUGGACAUAACAUGCCAGAUAUUAUUGAAAGCUUUAACCAAUCUUCCACAUACUGACUUUGUACUGUGCAAAUGCCUGCUUAGUGAGAAACUUAUGUCGGAAAGCCCUAUUAGUCAAAUCAUGUAUCUGGGAGAUAUUUUGGAACGAUGCGAGUUUCAACAUUUUUGGGACAGGAUGUUGUCCAUGUCAGAACUGUGUGAUAGAAUUGUAGGUUUCCAAGACUCGAUAAGGAAGUUUGUGUGUCACGUAGUUGGAAUCACGUUUCAAACAAUAGACAAAGGACUCCUUGCACAACUACUUGGUGGUGUAGAUGAUGCAACAUUGAAACAUUGGGUAAAGAAAUACGGCUGGAAGGAGGAGAGCAAAACAAUCAUCUUCAUUGCGAAUCAAGAUGAAAAUAUCAAGACCAAGAAUAUUACUGAAAAAAUUGAUUUCGAAAAUGUGGCGGGUUUGAUGGCUGCUUGUCUGUGAAUACACACUGGCUACUAUUUUCUAAUAAAUUGAAUGUGUGGAUUA